AAUCGCCAUUUCAUCUCAUGGCCUAUGACAAUCCACCAGGACUUAUUGCUGCGGCAGCUAUUGUACAAACAAUCGUUUAUGUUGUUGUCGCAUUGAGAUUCCAAACACGCCACAAGCAUGGUCGCAAAUACCAUCCAUCGGAUUGGCUAAUCCUCUUGGCCGCUUUCCUGUCAACCGGCUUAUCUAUUAUUCAAAUAUAUGGAAGCGCUGUUGGUAGGCUGGGUGUUCCUGUACACGGAUCCAUUGGAUCGCCAACCUUUCGACAAUCUACAGCAUUAAAUUUAAGAUGGUACCAAUGGGCCGUCUUCCUUAAUGGUGUUGUAGUGACUGGGCUCAUCAAAAUCUCGGUAUCCUUUUUUUACCUACAGAUAUUCUCGGUCAAGUACCGAUACAUCAUUGUUCCCUGGCUAGUAUUGAUGGUCCUGUGGACAAUUGGCUUCACUAUUUUGAUGCUUACGUUCUGCGGAAAUCAUGGCCUAUGGCCAUCUAUUCCCUUAUCCGUGGAGAAAAGCCAAUGCUUGUCGGGAACAAAGAUUGGAUAUGCUAUCGUGAUAGGAGGCACAGUAACGGACUUUCUAACGGUUCUGAUUCCAUUGCCUAUGGUUUUUGGGCUACAAUUACCCUUAAAGCAAAAGCUUGCAGUCAUGGGAGUAUUUACUAUAGGUCUUUUGUCCGUAGGUGGUAGCGUAGCCAAAGCGUACAUAUACAUUUCAAGCGCACUGAAGAAGAGCUCCAUGGACUAUGCUACAAUCAUUACGUCAAUAUCAGUCUGGGGACUUGUUGAGUCACAGUUCGGAAUAAUUGCAGCAACCCUCAUGACACUAGGUCCUCUCCUGAGAGACCUUUCUAAUUCUAGGAUGCUCGGCAGCAUCAUGAACUCCACUCGUAAUCUUCUGGUCUCACUGUCCAGUCCCACUCAGGCAACGAUCUCCAAGGCAGAGCUGUCGAAGACGAGUUCCGAACAACCGGAGGGAUAUCGUGAUGGGUCCAGCGUGGGCUUGCGUGGAGUCUAGUCAGUAUUUGAAAUUACGCCGCGAGACGAG